UCUCUUUUUCUAUGGUCGACGGGCUGGAGGAGGACUGCGCCGGCGAGUGCGGAGCUUUGGUGCUGGAGCUGUUUCUGCCAUGCGGUUUCGAGCUAAGAUUAUAGAUGUUGGAUGUCUCAAUCAUUUCAGUCGUGAGUAGAGCGUGUGAAAAAGCCUUCAGCUCUGCUGGAAAGAGAAAUCUCGGGUUUCCCUCCACUCCGUCGUUUCUUUUAACGGCUGCCCGCCUGAUUUUGCAAGUGUUUCAAGAGUGGCGUUUCUUUUCCAUCAGAAGAAUAUGCUUCCUCUGAGGAUAAUGGGGCCUUCAAGGAAGAUUCAAGGCCUUCUGCUGGGAACGGAAACAGAAACAGAAACGUGGCUACUCAGUAAAAAUGAAAUAAAGUGCGUCAAAGAAGGUUGAUGAAUGGUGUGAUGAACACAAUUGCCAAGUUAGCUAAAACCUGUACCCUACGGCUUACUUUGGAUAAGCUUUAUUUCAUCCUUAGUGACAAAGUAGCAAAUGGAGGUGUUAGCAUGUGGUGUGAACUUAAUCAGGGGAACUUCUUUGAUGAAUUCCAGCUGGAGGGUGUCUCUGCAGAAAAUAAUGAAAUUUAUUUAGAGCUGGCAUCUGAAAACUUCUCCAGAGCUUUUAAAACUGCCCAGAAUGCCAAGGCAGUGAAAAUCAAAUUGACUAAUAAGCAUUGCCCUUGCCUUACAGUAGCUGUGGAACUGCCUUCCUUGUCAAGCAGUAGCCGCAUUGUGACUCAUGACAUUCCUGUAGGGGUUAUCCCAAGAAAGCUGUGGAAUGACUUCAGAGAACCCAGUGUGCCUGAUUUUGAUGUCAGUAUUUAUUUACCUGUGCUGAAGACCAUGAAAAGUGUUGUGGAGAGAAUGAAAAAUCUCAGCAAUUCUAUUGUAAUAGAAGCAAAUCUAAAUGGAGAGAUGAAAUUGAAAAUAGAAACUGAUCUAGUGUGUAUUACAACUCACUUUAAAGAGCUUGGAAAUCCUCCUUGGGUAUCUAGGGAUGGUUCUCAAAACCCUACUCAAGAAAGGGACCCUGUGAAUAUGGCUGAGGCACGCAUUGACAUUAAGAGACUUCUCCUGUUCCUUGCAGGGCAGCAAGUCAGCCCCACAAAAGCACUGUGUAAUAUUGUAAGUAAGAGAAUUGUUCAUUUCAUCCUGCUCCAUGAGGACGUCUCCCUUCAAUACUUCAUUCCAGCCCUUGCAUGAAUUGAAAGUCAUCCCAGUUUAUAUCUUCAAGUUGUUGAAAUAGAUCAAAAAGAAUGAAGGAAAGCUGCUUGCUCUCUGUUAAAAAAAAUCCACCUUAUAACCAAUUUCUGUGUGUGUGUGUGUCUAUAUAUAUAUAUAGAGAGAGAGAGAGAACAUUUUUUACAAAAUUAUAAAUAGAAGCAGGGAAGGGAAUAAGUUAAGAAUUAAAGAAAUAAGCCUUAAGUCAUUUGCUUUUACCUGCAUAGGAAUAAUUGAUCUUUCCAAAAGCUCAUUUCUCAAAGUUUAUAAACACUGAUGAUUCAUGAAACUACUGUCAAAUAACUACUGCUAGGAAUACGUGAGGGUUAGGGGAAAGAGGGCCCCCUACCCAAAAGGAAGAGAAAAUAUUUGUGCAAAAUACAUAUAUAGUGAAAUCUUGACUAAUGGACUCAAAACAUUCCUUUAUUGAGUUAAUGUUGAAUUGGGUAGUAGGGUACUACAGGGAUUUGACAUUUUGAUGUCGUCAUACAAAUGAAGCAAAUUACAUCACUCGUAUCAUUUGCAUGCAACAAAUGUAUACAGUGGAGUAAAUAUCUGCUGCAAUGUAUGGAAAUGAUGUAAAUUGCAGCAGAAAUUUGGUCCACUGCCUACAAGUCCAUUGUAUCAAAGUCUGAUAAUAUAAUAAAUAUAUUUAUAAAGGUAUAACAAACAUAUAUAGGCCAAUAUAUCAUUUAGGUUAAAUGCAUAUGAAAAGUCAUAUUUUUCCAUUAACCUUAAAAAUUGCAAAGUGAAGAAAAUAAGAGAUGAAAUAAACUUUAGAAUGGAACCAAUAGAAAUAACUGAAAUUGAUUUUGACAGGCUAACUCAUUCCUAGUUAAGAAUACCAUCAUGAUUAUCAGUUGAUACUUCUUCAUAUUUACCUCAGAAAAUGUGGAGUGGUGUACUUUGCUUCAUAGUAACUCUGGCUGAAGAUAUAGAUGAACAAUAAAUAAUUAACAAUCCGCCAGAGGAUUAAGUACUAAGAGAGCCAGUCCAGUUCCAGUUAAUAAAUAGUUGCAACAGCAUAGUGUUCAUGUUUUAAACUGCACUUGAUUGAUAAUCAGGUAGUAAAUAGGGAAGCGUUUGAUUGCAUUGGACAUGGUUGAACAUCGUCUAAAAAUACUGAAACUCAACUUUUUGUUCCUUGUAUUUACCCCUCUGCAGAGAGUUUUUUAUAUAGUGGCACCCAUUUAUGGAAUUCUCUCUCCAGAGAGGCUUGACUGACACCCACGUUAGCAUUUCGGCAGCAGGUGAAGAUCUUUCUUUUUUCUUAGGUUUUUAAUGGGCUUUUAAUUGUAUUUUAAUUCAUACUGUUUUAGAUUUUGAAUUAGCAGCUUCUGCUGCUGAGUUGGUUUGGUCUUUUCAUUUUUCAUUUUUUAAUUUUAUUGUAUAUGUUUUUAUGGAAAAUUGUGUCUUUCGAUGUGGUUUAUUCUAAACCAUUCAGAUCUUCAGCUAUUGGGUAGUUUAAAAAAUAAAAUAAAAUACAUAUUUUAAUGCCUUCUAAUGGGCUUUGGUGAUAAUGGCAUCCAGAUUUUUUUCAUGGCAGCUUAUGCAUAUAGUUUGAUAUUGCCUUCUGGGAUUUUUUUUUUUCUUUUUACUUCCCAAUCGAGCCAACAGUCCUGAAAUUUCAUGGUGGUCCCUCAUUGAAGUACGAAACUGUAGCCUUCUGCAGUGCUGUAUAUUUGAAAACAAAAAGAUUCUUUGGAGCAUGUACAGCCUUUCUAAACAAAGUAUGCUAUAACACUCAAGAGUAUAUUGUUUAGCUUUUGAGAUCAGAUUAACAUCUAAUUAGUCACGUAUCCAGAAGCAAUGACUUAACUAAGAGUUUUUCAUACUUAAUGAAGAAGUUGAAAGUAGAUCUUCAACAUCCAUACCCAGCCCUAGAAAGAAUUGGUCAGGACAUGACCAGACAAGGAAAGGUUUGCUCUUGAAUGACUACCAAAUAUAUAUAGCUAAAAAGUA